AUGCGGUGGCUCUGCGGCCUGCUGCUGCUCGUCAGCGCCGCCAACGCCCUCAAGUUCGAUCUCAUUGCCCACACCGGCGGCGAGUCCCUCAAGAAGGAGAGAUGCAUCCGCAACUUUGUCGGCAGCGACACGCUGGUCGUGGUGACGUCGACCGUGGACGGCUACAAGGGAGACGGCAUGCUGGUCAACAUUCAUGUCCGUGAUGCCAUUGGCAACGAGUAUGGCCGAUCCAAGGACGUUGUUGGCGAGUCGAGAAUUGUCUUUACUUCGCACGCUGAUGCUGCUUUUGAUGUGUGCUUUGAGAACCUCAUGGUUGGACCCAACAAGCCCGCCAUCAACCUCCGCGUCGUCGAGCUCGACAUCGACAUUGGCGCCGACGCAAAGGACUGGUCCGCCAUCCAGGCCACCGAGAAGCUCAAGCCCGUCGAGGCCGAGCUGCGCCGCAUCGAAGAGCUCACCGCCGAGGUUGUCCACGAAAUGGACUACCUGCGCCAGCGCGAGCAGAAGCUCCGCGACACAAACGAGAGCACAAACAACCGUGUCAAGUGGUUCGGCGUCGGAACGACCUGGUUGCUCGUCAUCCUGUGGGCAUGGCAGAUUAUGUACCUGAGGGCGUACUUCCGGUCCAAGCACUUGAUCUAA